AAGCAACUUGUUCUGUCCCUUUUUCUUCCUCUCUGUCAUGUUAUGUUCUUCGCUCGCUCGCUUUUCCGUCAUCCAUCUUUAACUCUCUUGAGGACGGGUAAUGAAGAGACCUAAGAGUGAGGCGGUUGAUUGAAUCUGAAUUGUUUUGUAAGGCAGUUAUGUGAAAAAGGAAGAUUCGGCUGAGGUGGUUCAAUCACUAUGGAAUCCUGCAACUGUAUUGACCCACAAUUGCCUGCUGAUGACUUAUUGAUGAAAUACCAAUAUAUCUCAGAUUUCUUCAUUGCUCUUGCUUAUUUCUCAAUCCCUUUGGAGCUUAUCUACUUUGUUAAGAAAUCAGCAGUAUUUCCAUAUAGAUGGGUCCUUGUUCAGUUUGGUGCUUUCAUAGUUCUAUGCGGAGCAACACAUCUAAUUAAUUUAUGGACCUUUAGAAUUCAUUCAAGGACUGUGGCCGCUGUGAUGACCACUGCUAAGGUUUUAACUGCUGUGGUUUCAUGUGCAACUGCCCUUAUGCUUGUACAUAUUAUUCCUGAUUUAUUAAGUGUUAAAACUAGGGAAUUAUUUUUGAAGAACAAGGCUGCAGAGCUUGAUCGAGAAAUGGGCUUGAUUCGCACACAGGAGGAAACUGGUCGACAUGUUAGGAUGUUGACUCAUGAGAUUAGAAGCACUCUUGAUAGACACACAAUACUGAAAACAACUCUUGUUGAAUUGGGUAGAACUUUGGCACUUGAGGAAUGUGCCUUAUGGAUGCCAACACGAUCUGGGUUAGAGCUUCAACUCUCUUAUACAUUGCGACAGCAGAACCCAGUUGGAUACACAGUACCCAUUCAUCUUCCUGUGAUCAAUCAAGUAUUUAGUAUCAACCGGGCAGUAAAAAUUUCCCCAAAUUGUCCAGUUGCUAGAUUACGACCUUAUGCUGGAAAAUACAUGCCUGGGGCAGUAGUAGCUGUUCGGGUUCCUCUAUUACAUCUUUCUAAUUUCCAAAUAUAUGAUUGGCCGGAAGUUUCAACGAGAAGUUAUGCUUUGAUGGUUUUGAUGCUACCAUCAGAUAGCGCUAGACAGUGGCAUGUACAUGAGUUAGAACUGGUUGAGGUAGUUGCUGAUCAGGUAGCAGUUGCUCUUUCACAUGCUGCAAUCUUAGAAGAGUCAAUGAGGGCAAGGGAUCAGCUCAUGGAGCAGAAUGUUGCACUUGAUCUAGCAAGAAGAGAAGCAGAAACUGCAAUUCGUGCUCGCAAUGACUUUUUGGCUGUUAUGAACCAUGAGAUGAGAACUCCCAUGCAUGCAGUUAUUGCACUCUCUUCAUUAUUACAGGAAACAGAGCUGACAGCUGAGCAACGUCUGAUGGUGGAGACAAUAUUGAAAAGCAGCAAUUUGUUGGCUACUCUCAUCAAUGAUGUUUUGGAUCUUUCACGGCUUGAAGAUGGCAGUCUUCAACUUGAAGCAGCCACGUUUAAUCUUCAUUCUUUGUUCAGAGAGGUCCUUAACUUGAUUAAGCCUGUUGCCUCUGUUAAAAAGUUGUCACUUACUUUACAGUUAGCUUCAGAUUUGCCAGUGUAUGCCAUUGGUGAUGAAAAACGUCUCAUGCAAACUAUUCUAAAUGUUGUUGGUAAUGCUGUGAAGUUCUCAAAAGAAGGUAGCAUUUCCAUCACUGCUUUUGUUGCAAAGCUUGAAUCCUUCAGAGAUGCUCGAAAUCCUGACUUUCUUCCAGUGCCAAGUGAUAGUCACUUUUAUUUGCGAGUACAGGUAAAAGAUUCAGGAUUAGGAUUUAAUCCACAAGAUAUCCCAAAGUUAUUCACUAAGUUUGCACAAAGCCAAUCAUUAACAACAAAAAAUCCGCCUGGAAGUGGACUUGGCCUUGCAAUUUGUCGGAGGUUUGUUAAUCUCAUGGAAGGACAUAUAUGGAUUGAAAGUGAAGGUAUUGGUAAAGGAUGCACAGCCACUUUUAUUGUGAAACUUGGUAUCCCAGACCGAUCAAAUGAAUUUAAGCUACCUUUUGUGCCUAAAGUCCCAGGAAAUCAUGGUUCUACAAACUUUGCUGGGCUCAAGGUUCUUGUCAUGGAUGAUAAUGGGGUUAGCAAGACAGUAACAAAGGGACUUCUUAUGCAUUUAGGAUGUGAUGUCACAACUGCAAGCUCGAGUGAAGAAUGCCUGCGUGUUGCUUCUCCAGAACACAAAGUGGUCUUCAUGGAUGUUUGUACAGGGUUAGAUGGCUAUGAACUAGCAGUACGCUUACAUGAGAAGUUUACGAAACAUCACGAUAGACCACUGAUAGUUGCUCUUACCGGAAACACCAAAAAGGUGACCAAAGAGAACUGUAUGAGGGUUGGUAUGAAUGGCCUUAUAUUGAAACCUGUUUCUGUUGACAAAAUGAGGGGUGUUUUAUCAGAACUAUUGGAGCGCCGAGUUCUGUUUGAAACUGUUUGACCUGCCAGAUUUGGCUUCGUAUUAUGAAAUAUAUUUUUCUGUUGUACAUAGCUAAAUCAAAUUUGGAGAAACACAGUCUUCUGAAGCAACGAGGCAAUUGACAUUGUUUAUCAUCCUUUUUGCUGUUACGAAACCUCAGCAAAAGGAACAAUAGUUGAGUCUGCAUUAAAUUUUUUUUGUGAAGAAAAAGGUUCAUUUGUUUAAUAUUCUGCAUGUUUAUAGCAUUUCAGACUUUCGAUGUUUUGCAGUGGCGGUUAAAUUGCAUUAUUCUGUCCUAUAUUGUUUUGAUUAAU